AACAGAAGAUAUUCGACCUUUACCUCCCUUAGGCAUAUACAUAAACAACGCUGCUGCUCCUUCUCUUCAAAAUUAGAAAUUUUCAAGGAGAGAAGUAAUCCGAAACAUUCAAAAUAGAAGCCGAGUCGAUAUGGUGUGCUUUUGCUUUCUGGUUGAUCAAACACGUAAAGUGAGUAGAAGCAAGCCAGCAGCAGGGUUUUGCUCGAGGUGUGGCGGUGGAGCUAGCGUAGCGGACAUGAAAACAGCCACAAGAUUCUGCCACAUUCCAUUUUAUUGGAAAUCUUGGAGAGCUAUCAUCUGUACUUUCUGUGGAGCCAUUCUACGAUCUUACCGAUAAUUUUGGGCUCGCAUUUCAAAUUUAUAUCUUAUUAAACCCCCAGAGUCUCGGCCGAGACUCUCUAUCUUGGCGGGGGUUUCUGAAUCCGGCCGCUAGAGUUUUUAUCACGACCUGUAAGUGCUAAUAUAUAACUCCAAUUUAUGAUGUAAAGUUUGAAGUUAUUUCUAGCUAUAAUACUAAUUUUCCUUAGAGGAUGGAAUUUCUUGGUUUUAUUUACAUGUAUGCAAAGUUUGGUUUGCUA